AGACGUUACGUGAGCAACGUUCUAUGGUAACCAUUGUUCUUUGUCAAUAUUGUUGGAUGACUGUAAGGAAAGUCGAAGGUACAUCAAAAGAAGAAAUUGUAAAGGACCUCAAGAGACGUAUUGCAUCAUUAAACUGUAAACAAAGAUCUGUUCCUAAAACAAAGAAUAUAAAUGUGCUGGCCUAUGUAUUGAAAUGCAGAUUGGCCAUGCUUGUUCCGGUACUGAAAGAAACAACAACACCUGACAACAAAGUAAUAGUAAAACAAACUUGGCCACGUUCUCGACAAGUUCCAAUGAUUUCUGUUGACUCAGAACAAGACUAUCAGAUUAUAGGAACAACUAAAGUGGCUGUGCGCAAAUAAUUUCUUUUUUCGAAACAACAACACCUAGCAACAAAGUAAGAGUAAAACAAACUUGGCCACGUACACGACAAGUUCCAAUGAUUUCUGUUGACUCAGAACAAGACUAUCAGAUUAUGGGAACAACUAAAGUGGCUCUGCGCAAAUAUUUUCUGUUUUCGUAAUUUUAUCAACGAUUUGAAUUGGUCUGUCUGUAAUAUCAAUUUUGAAUGAUUAUAUAGCUGAAGAUUUUCAUCAACAGAUUGCGAAAAGCCAAACAACAGCUUUUAUUUAGAUUUAUACAAAUUGUUAUAAUAAACAACCGAAUGCAUAGAAAACUA